AUGGACGAGUCAAGCCUUGUCAAUAGCCUCUCCCAGAGGCUUUCAGAGCUCGAGCACAAGGUUCACACCUUUCGCCACGAGGUGGCAGCUGAUUUUCUGCGCUAUUACCACGAUCUGCUCCGAGACACGCAGCCUGACAUCACUUCCAAUGUUGCCCAAUCCCUCGCCAAGUCACUCUCCAACUAUCCAGACCUCAGUUCCGUCCUCACCAGUCUGGAUCUGGACCUCACCAAAGACGCAGCUGACUCACGAACACUCACCCGCCCUGAAUCGGAUCAACGCCACUUUUCCCCGCCGACCACUGUCGCUACCUCCGGAUCGGGAGCCGCAGAGCCUCCAGGCAGCCCCCGCGAUCGACAUCACGAAUUGCUCUUUUUCCUUCCCCUGCUAGAGGGCUCUCCUCCUAGGACGCCAACCUCUCCUCCCCAGGCUUUCCUCACAAACAACCACACUCCAAUCGACAUGUUGUUACCUGAACCAAGCAUCCAGGCAGAGGAGAAGCAAGGCGCAGCUACCGUAAAGGACCAGCAAUCCGAACAGCCUGGCAUUGACCAAGCUCAGAAUGCCUUGCCGGCCGCGCCUCACUCGCCUGGAAGGCCGGGCCACGUUCGUCGCUCAACCAAUGAUACAGUGUCAUCAUUCCAUUCAGAUCGAAGCGAGUCAAAAACACCACGGAGCGCCCUAAGACGUUCUUCAAGCGGAUCCAAACCUCCACAGAGCCCGAGACGUGUGCGUUUCGACGUCAUGGGCGCAGAGGUCUUGCCUACAGCAUCACCACAGCCCAACGACUCUAUGCUCCCCCCAGCAGCUCCCGCUCCGCCGGCCGACCAACCUCGUACGGAAUCCAUGCUUGGUGAUGACUUGGAUUAUCUACCACCACCUCGCAAAAUCUCAUCUUCUGAGGCAUUGAGAGCGUUAUCCAGAGAACCUUUGGAGGAUGGCGUUUGGACCGAGGUCAACUCAACACCAGAUCAAACCUCGAGUGUGGAGGAAAAGUCACAUGCAGUUACGGCCAGUUUUUCUCCCGAAGAACGGAGCAGCCCGAUGAUCAUUGCCCCAGAACCUCCGUUAUCACGAUAUGUUCCCGAGUCUGUUCGAAUAGAACGUACUUUGGGAAGUGUAAGUGAAGAACCGAAUGAAGAUCAGGAUUCAUCAGACGACGACUUCCUCUCAAUGGCGAAACCCAAGUCCUUUUCUACCAAGAAACCACCUGGAUCGCCGUCUUUAAACAAGAUUCCGGAGGAGAUCCGUGAUAUGGAGCUCGCGGAAAGCCCAGAAUCGCCUACAAAGUUCCAAAGUUCUGGAACAGAAAAGAAAGCAGAAUCCGUUGAAAAUGAUGACGAAGACGUGGACGAAGACGAUGAAUUGUUUCACUUCGAAGAGUCUGGAGGAUCAUUUGCCACACCCAAAUCGAAAUCGAAACCAAAACCAAAACCUCUUCCAUUGGAAGAAGAGGCCGAAGUUGACUUGCCGGAUGUGCCAGAGUCUGAGCAGUCACUAUAUGCCACUUCACCGGCAGUCCAGAUAACCAGACGGCCUGGUUCAUCAGGACCGACAACGCCAGCCGCCGCCCGAUUCCAAGCCGGUUCCGUAGGCUCAUAUAAAGGAAGACCGGUUGUUAUGCAUGUCGUCCGUAACCCCGAGGUGCAUGCACAGGCUGCUUCCUUGGGGCACUUCAAUACGUUUGUGGGAGGACUAGAUGGACGCAGCGGCAUGGAUGAGGGCGACCUCAGUAGUUUCCGUGCCAGCGUCGCCAAUACUGGCUUUUCCGGCACUCCCCGCAGCUUCACAGAACGCCUAAUGAUGGAGGAGGCCCAAAAGGCGAGGGCUGGCGGUUCGAGGCUAAGCUAG